AUGGCCGCGCUUCAGACGGCAUUCCAUCUCCAUACCUACUUCAACGCUCGGGAUACUAACUCGAUUCCGAUAUUUACCUCCAAAACGAGUCUAAGAUUCUGCAAUUCAACCUUAGUUCAAAACCUACCCCGAAAUCCAAAUUCAGCCUACGCAGUUAGACCACGCGUGCCUGUUUGGCACGCAGUGAAGCACGAUCGAGAAAAUUGUUUGGAGGAAAGGAAUAAAAAUGCACCACACAUAAUCGUGAGAUGGUUUGAGCUAGUUCGAGAUGUCUUCCCCGGCGGUUGUUGGUGGAACUUGACAGAUUUCGAGCAAAAUGUUGAUGGUUUGCCAAUUGCAGCGGAGUCAAUUACGGUUUCGCAAGCUCUGAGAGAAAUGUGGGCUCUGGUAGCUGAUGAAAAAUGGAUUUUGUACACAGCAUUUGGCGCGUUAAUUAUCGCGGCGAUGGUUUCAAAUUUAUCACUGCUUCAAUUUGAUGCUUUUAUUGGCGAGAGUGUAUUCGUUCAUGUUGAUUUUGUGAUUUUAAUAGUUGCACUUUUAAAUGCUUCAGUUGCAGAGAUUAAGAACAGAGGUCUCAGAGAUAUCAUUGCCAGGAAUACUAGCAGCAUCAGUCUUUUCAGCUCAAAAUGGAAUAUGCAGGUUAAGCGCCUUAGGCAAGCUGUAUUCAAAUCUCUUCUUCUUCAGGAUGUAUCAUUUUUUGAUACAGAAGCAGUUGGUGACCUGACUAGCAGGAUUAGUACAGAUUGCCAGCGGUUAUCUCAAACUGUUGGUAAUGAUAUACACAUGAUCCUUCGCAAUACUUUCCAGGGGAUAGGUGCAUUUAUCGCCUUGAUGACUUUAUCAUGGCCUCUAGCACUCUCAUCGCUAGUCAUAUGUUGUAUUCUGUCUCUGAUUUUCCUUUUCUAUGGACAAUACCAGAAGAAAGCAGCACUGCUUGCCCAAAAUUUUGUGGCUUCUUCCAAUGAAAUCGCACAAGAGACAUUUUCUUUGAUGAGAACUAUCCGAGCAUAUGGGACAGAAAAAGAAGAAUUUCAGAGGUUCGCCCAAUGGAUCCAAAGAUUAGCUUGUGUGGGCAUGCGAGAAAAUGUUGCAUAUGGAUUGUGGACCCUUAGUUUCACUACUCUUUAUCGAUCAAUGCAGGUGCUAGCAGUUCUUUUAGGGGGGAUGUCUAUUAUCAGUGGCCAUGUCUCUACUGAGCAACUGACCAAGUAUGUUUUGUAUUGUGAGUGGUUGAUUUAUGCUGCCUGGAGAUUGCAAGACAGCAUGUCAUCCUUACUUCAGUCUGUUGGAGCCUGUGAAAAGGUUUUUCAGUUGAUGCAUCUUCCACCGAGAGUGAAAUUGCAGAGGCUGACAGGAUGUGUUGACUUUGUGAAUGUAUCAUUUCAUUACUCUUCGAGGAGGAAGGUACCUAUUUUGGAAAAUGUGAACUUCUCUAUAGAAGCUAAUGAAAUGGUUGCAAUAGUCGGUGUCAGUGGAAGCGGGAAAAGCAGUUUGAUCAAUCUCUUGCUGCGCCUCUACGAGCCUGUUAAUGGUGAGAUACUUGUCAAUGGCAUUCCUCUGAGGGAGAUGGACAUGAGGUGGUUGAGAGAGAACAUCGGAUACGUCGGACAGGAGCCCCAUCUUCUCCACAUGGAUAUCAAGUCCAACAUUAGCUACGGCUGCUCAAGAAGCAUCAUCGCAGAAGAAGAGAUAGAAUCUGCUGCGAAGAACGCCAAUGCCCACGAAUUCAUCUCUGCCCUUCCUCACGGUUAUCACACCGUUAUCAACGAUAAUAUUCUCAGCGGAGGACAAAAGCAACGCAUAGCUAUAGCAAGGGCUCUCCUCAGAGACCCCAUUUUCUUGAUUUUUGAUGAAGCAACCAGUGCUCUCGAUGCAGACAGUGAAGGCUACAUCAAGGAGAUUCUUCAAGCUUUGAAAAACGAUGCAGAGAGACGAAAGACAAUCAUCAUUGUUGCACAAAGGGAUGGUUACAUGAAGAUCUAUGAUCACUAUCUCAAGGGAUAUCCAAUUUUCUUAUACAACUCAGAAGAUAUGAAUAAGUGA